GACCCGCCAUUUCGACGAUCGCCGUGCUAGAAUCCACCUAGAUCUCAGAUUCACGUCAAGAGGAAAAAUAUAUCUCAUUGAACCGCCAGACACAUAUUCAAGGGGUACACUUAGGAGGAAAUCAAGCAUACUUAGAGUCGAUGUCAUAAAGCAAACAUCUUAUCUUAAUUCGUUUGUACAACGGUAACAUAUAUUGACUCCAUAGGUUACAGAGCACAAUCUCAGAUCUAUCAAUCUCUGGACCGAACCUCAAUCUUGGAGCUUGAUCACUACGCAUCACCAAAUCUUUCCCUCAUCACACCACACCAAGUAUACACUCAUAAUCGCCAUGCUCGUUCCUACCACCAACUUUUUGAUCGCUUUGGCAAUAUCAUAUGGAGCUCAUGCUUCCCCAACGCCACGUCAAGUCGGCCAGUCAGGUGUUUCACUGCAAGAAUUUGCCCUCCAAAAGCUCCUUACAAAUGCAUCUCCGAUCUUUGGGAACUAUGCAGACAAUCAAUUGAACACUUCGACGUGGAUGAGCCGAUACGUUGAUUCCACAAAGCUCGUACAUAUGAAUAUUCCAGGGACUCACGAUACCGCAACUUGGAACUAUUCUCUCGCCACUCAGUCCGCGUUAUCUGGUGUCACAUAUCUAGGAAAUCAAGUCCCCGAUCCACCAGAACAUUAUCGCUGCCAGAACAAUUCGAUUGCAGAUAUGCUCAAUGCGGGAAUACGAGCAUUUGACUUGAGAUUCGCCUUGGACGUUACCAAUACCUCAAUUGUAUUUUGGCAUAGUCAAGCUCUUCUAUCGCAGAUGGCAACUCUGGACGAUGUACUCUUUGGUUAUUUUCAUUGGCUUGAUAAUCAUCCCUCUGAAGUAGUCUUGCUUAGCCUUCAGUAUGAAGGUAGCACAACGGAAUAUGGAAGAAAUGAUGAAGAAGCACAACUCAAGUUGUUCAAUGUUCUCACAUCACCAGCAGCAACAAAGUAUUUUUUACAGGCAAGAAAUGAAUUGGGGAAUCUUGGUGACGCGCGAGGCAAAAUCAUUCUUCUUCGCCGCUUCGAUCUUGAUCAGUUGUCAGACGCUUAUGAAAAUGCUUUACCUGGCCUUCAUUUCUCUCCUGCCCUUUGGACCGAUAAUUCUCCUGACAUUGAGAUCGUUUAUAACACAGCUAGCAAUGAUACAGCAUAUAUCGAAGAUAAUUAUGAACCUCAAACUCCAGCUCAGUCAAAUGCAACGGCCAAUAUCGAAUUGAAGUACAACGUCACAACGACACAUCUUUUGAAGGCAGUGGAUGAAUCUCUAGCACCUGAUAGUUUAUGGUGGACAUGGGCCAGUGGAGGGAAGAUCUCGGAUGGCAUAUUUCCUGAGACCAUGGCUAUUGGAAACGGGACAGAAUAUACGCCAGCUGGGGGUGUGAAUCAAAAGCUGAUGACAUUUUUAAAGGAGAUGAAUGGAAAGAGGGUAGGGAUUGUCAUGUUUGACUUUUUUGAGACGCCGGGAAAUUUGGUCGAGACUUUACUGAGUCUGUAAACAUGGUGUUCAUUUGUUGGAAUGUAUCAUAAUACUAAUAGCUAAUUAAACAUACUAUUGUACUUUUAUUUAAGCUUCA